CACCACGCAAAUAGCUCCAUAAGACUCUCCACUCGCCUCCCUCUCUUCCUCUUCUCUGCCUUCAUUCCAUCCCCAUAGACAAACACAUCCACGAAUACUAACUACAUCCUCUCUACAAUCCACCCACCCCUCGCUACCCCCGACAUACACAGAAAAAACCUCCUCAAUGCCAACAAGGAGCAGCUCCCUGCCCAUCUUCUCAAUCCCCGGAGCCAACAAUGCCGCAUCCUCACGGGCCCUGUUCUUCAUCCCACGGUCAUAUCUCUCCCCACGAAUCUUUCUCUCCUGCAUCCUCGCCACCUUCAGUCUCUCCUGGCUGCUACUCUACUCUUACUCACACUCGAGCUUCAGUUCCGCUCGAGACAGCGAGGAAUGGAUCUUGCUGGAGCAGCGCCUGAGCGUAUCAGCCAGUAAGACGAUGCAGCGGAGUAACUCGACCUUGACCUCGAGUUUCAGCUGCCACUCUCCUACUUCAUCCUUACCAUCCAUACGAGGCCCAGGAUUUAACCGGGAAACUAUCUGUGUUCUCCAGAACCUAUGCAUCGAUGCUGAACGAGGCGCAUGGAUUCAUACAGAAAAGAGUUCUGGAGAGUUUCCAAGGAUUAAUGUGGUCGCUGCUGAUCCAGGAUCGGAUGAGUACUAUCGCCCAAUGGUACUCGAUCAGUUCCCGGUGUCGUCUUAUCGUUUCGUGGACGAGACCAUCUUUCUCUAUGGGCGUGAUCCGACCAAUCGGCCGACCUGGACCUUGAACAACCUCAUGCCUCUUCACAGGUAUGAUCUGGCGCUGGGAAGAGCUUCGAUGUGUUGCUGAUGACUAUGGCCGCAUCAGUAUGGAGAAGAAUGGGUGCCUGCCCAACAAGCUUGCGCUAUGAUCACAUAUCCGCUCAUUUGUUCUUGUACA